CGGCGCGGCCCACGUGACAGGAAGAGGCGUGUGCGGCGGCGCCGGAAGCGCAGUGCAGCGGGAGCCCCGCGCCGGUGGCCGCGGAGCCCGACGGCUGGCGCAGGCGCAGCCAUGGUGUCCGCUAAGCAGCUGGCCGACGUCGGCUACAAGGCCUUCUCCGGAUCCAUGAUGCUCCUGACGCUCUACGGCGGGUACCUGUGCGGCGUCCGCGCCUACCGCCUGCUCGAGCGCCGCCGCGCCCGCCAGGCCGCGCCCGCCGCCGCCGCCGCCGAUGAGUGAGGGCGGCCCCGGGCCCCGCCGAGGACCCGGGGCGGCCCCGGGCCCCACCGACGACCUGGGGAGACCCCGGGCCCGCCGGGCCCUACCGGCAACCCGGGGCGGCCCCGGGCCCCACCGACGAUCCAGAGAGACCCCGGGCCCCACCGGCAACCUGGGGUGGCCCCAGAUCCCCACCGCCGACCCGGACCUGCAGGGCCCCACCACUGACCCGGGACAGCCCCAGACCCCACCGACGACCAGGGCGGCAGCCCCGACUGAGCCACUCCAAGCAGCCCGGGAAGGAUCUGUGGUGCCCGGUGUUCCUGGAACGGGGCCGGGAUGAAACAGAGACCAAUAAAGCAAAGUAGUCUGGCAAAA